AUGGGUUCUAGCACGAAGAAAAAGAAGGAGAAGGCUAAGGACUUCCAGAAACCCAAGUUCAAGGUGGGAAAGGCGAAGGCCAAGCCUUCUAACUUCACCGACACCAGCUUCAAGGCGAAAUCUAUCGUCAUGGGACAACAGAAUCUCUCGACCGAAGCUCCGGAGACCAGCGCGCAGUUCAGACAUAGUCUUUCCCUUGCGUCGAACUCGAGGUCGGAGAAGCAGCGUAAAGAGGCCCUUGCCAAUCUCACCACGCAAGUUGCCUCCGGUAAUAAUCCUGUCGGUACCGCAACCCUCUUGGCAAGGCUCUUACCCCUCAUCUCCGACCCAUGUGGCCCGGUCCGCACACAGCUCCUUAAAUUGUUCCGACAACUCCCGGGAGACGAGGUGAGGAAUCACGCGGAGAGAUGCAUCAUGUAUGUCCGUGCCGGCAUGACCCAUCUGUCCGUCGACAUCAGCAACGAUGCGCUGUCCGCCCUGGAGUGGCUACUGGACGUCGCCGAGGACGAGAUCGUGUCUUGCCCCGGCGGGUGGGCGAAGACGCUGAGCAGCUUCUGCGCCCUCAUGGGGUGGUCCGUUUCGGCCACUGGCGGCUGGUCUGCCGCGCCCAAGGGAGGGAGUCUCAAGACCAAGGAUGCGCAGUCCCGCGUUCGGCAACUAGCCAUCCUCGCGAAAUUUCUGACGGCCGGUCUAGAGGCUGAAGCUGUUGCGACACGGAAUCCGAAUGCGCACUGGGACGGCAUGUACCGCGUGCCCCGUGUGCCGCAGCCCUUCGCCUACCUGAACCUGUUCGGUUCCCGCCGAGACGAGGAAGCCGAAAUGUACAUCGACAACGAGUCCCGCCAGCGCGUGUUUGGCCGGCGGUUUCUGAUUCUGUUCUCUCGGGGAGUAGAACAUACAAAGAAAGAGGGAGGGGCUGUUGGCCGGUCUGCUUCAGCUCUCGAACAGUCUCUGAAGGAUGGGAUGGCCGGGUUCGAGCCUUCAUCCGCUGUGGAUCCGCAAGACCUCCUAGAUCUGUGGUGA